AUGCGGCGAAAUGUGUCCCCUCCACAAAGACAGGGACCUAUGAAGGCAGUAAAGCCCUUUAUUUUGAAAAGUAGCCCAUCGAGAAGCCCAUCGUCACCAUGUAGCUUGACAUUGCAACGAAGAUCUCCAGUCACUGACAGCAGGCAUUCACCUGACAGAAGAUCUCCAGGACCAAGUUCACCAGGAUUUAAAGGUAUUCAAAGUGAAAGCAUGGUUUCUGAAUUUUGGCACUCUGCCAUGAUGACACCAGAAGACUGGCAUGUCGAGGUGAUUGAAAAUAAAGCAGAGAAGAAAAAGAAAAAGCACAGACGUUCAGCAUCAUUUGGGCAUGCUGAUAAAAAAUUAGCUUUGAACAGUAUACGACAGAAAUUACAAAAAACAAAGGACCAAGGAACAAAACAACGUUCCAGCCCAAUUCCAGGCAACCACAAUGCAUUACUACAAACCGCGCCUGCAGUUUUGAUGCGAUCUCCUGCCAUUGGUAUACACAUUCCCAAAACCUCCAUACCACGAUAUCAACGCAAUAGUGUGGAGGGACUCAAUCCAAGCCAGGCCAGGCAUAGUAUAGAGUCUGGCCAGUUAUGUAACCAGUCUCCCUGUGCAAGCUAUGUCAACGGUAUAGGAACAGGCUAG